UCAUCUGGCCCGCCACCAAAUUAUUUUCCUUGGUCUCAUUGAUACAACAAUUCACCAUAUCAUAUCACACUGCAUGUCUCUGCUUUGCCUGCUUCACAACACGCUUCAUCCUCGAGUUCCUCUCCUUUUUUAGGCUUCUUUUUUCAAGUUCUCGUUCCUUCGAUCGAUCGAUCGAUCAGCAACAAAGUGGAAGUAACUCAAUGAAUGAUUUCUCAUCUCACUAGCUCCAUCAAUACCUCAGAUGGAAGUAAUUUGCUUGAUUUGCUUCUUGUUCUGGAGUACUGCAACCGCCACACUCUCCUCCGAAGGUGUGAACUUUGAAGGUUAGUCCUAGCAUUGAUGGGUGUAAAAUCUUCUCUUUUGGACCCUCGUGGUGUCCUUGUGAAUUGGGACCCGGACUCUGUUGAUCCUUGCAGCUGGACAAUGGUCACCUGCUCACCCGAGAACCUGGUCAUUGGCCUAGCAACUCCAAGUCAGAACCUGUCUGGUACACUCGAUCCGAGCAUAGGGAACUUGACGAAUCUGGAAAUUUUGUUCCUCCAGAACAAUAACAUAACAGGACCCUUACCAACGGAAAUUGGGAGCCUCUCCAAGCUGCAAACCAUUGAUUUGUCCAACAACCACUUCUCUGGCGAAAUUCCUGCCUCGCUCGGCAAUCUGAUUGAUCUUCAAUACAUGAGAAUCAACAAUAAUAGCCUUUCGGGAGCAUUCCCUUCGUCAUUGGCUGAUCUUCCACAGCUUGCCUUUAUAGACUUGUCUUACAAUGAUCUGAGCGGCCCUAUGCCUCAACUUUCCGCGAGGACAUUCAACAUCGUUGGAAAUCCUUUAAUGUGCUCGUCAGCUGCAGAGCAAAAAUGCUAUGGAGUGAUGCCGAUGCCACUAUCAUUCAAUACAACCAACUCACAGAGUGCUCCAAUGCCAGUAAAGCCUAAAAGUCACAAGUUCAUUCUUGGAUUUGGAACCGCCUUUGGGGGUAUCUGCUUAGUCAGUCUUGUCCUGGGACUCUUUCUCUGGUGGAGAGGAAGACACAGUGAACAAACAUUCUCUGAUGUCAAUGACCACAACCAUGAACAAGCAUGCCUUGGUAAUCUGAGAAUGUUCCAAUUCAGGGAGCUUCAGACUGCAACAAAUAACUUCAGCAGCAAAAACUUGCUUGGACAUGGUGGGUUCGGAAACGUCUACAAGGGGAAGCUGCAGGAUGGAACUUUAGUGGCUGUCAAGAGACUAAAGGAUGGAAAUGCUGCGGGAGGUGAGAUACAAUUCAAAACUGAAGUUGAGAUGAUAAGCUUGGCCGUGCAUCGCAACCUACUUCGGCUACAAGGAUUUUGCAUGACUGCUACAGAGCGGCUUCUCGUGUAUCCAUACAUGUCGAAUGGAAGUGUCGCUUCACGACUCAAAGCAAAACCAACAAUAGACUGGAAAACAAGAAAAAACAUAGCUUUGGGAGCUGCAAGAGGCCUUCUUUAUCUGCAUGAGCAAUGUGAUCCCAAGAUCAUUCACAGAGAUGUAAAAGCUGCCAACAUACUGCUUGAUGACCUCUGCAAGGCCGUCGUAGGAGAUUUCGGCUUAGCAAAGUUGUUAGACCAUAGGGAUUCACAUGUAACUACUGCCGUGAGAGGAACUGUUGGGCACAUAGCUCCAGAGUAUCUCUCUACAGGCCAAUCUUCGGAGAAAACAGAUGUAUUUGGAUUUGGAAUUCUCCUUAUUGAACUGAUCAGCGGCUUGAGGGCGGUAGAAUUUGGCAAGGCAGUAAACCAGAAAGGUGCCAUGCUUGACUGGGUUAGAAAGAUUCAUCAAGAAAGGAAUCUUGGCUUGUUGGUGGACGAGGACCUGAACAACAACUAUGAUAGGGUUGAGCUAGAUGGGAUGGUCCGAGUGGCACUAUUGUGCACCCAGUACCUUCCAGUACAAAGGCCAAAGAUGUCAGAUGUGGUGCGGAUGCUCGAAGGUGAUGGACUUGCUGAGAGAUGGGAAGCUUCACAGAGAAUUGAGACUCAUAAGUUAAGGAUUCCAGAGAAUUUAUCAGAGCAGUAUUCUGACAUCACGGAUGACUCUUCAUUGCUAGUUCAGCCGAUUGAGCUUUCAGGACCAAGGUGAUAGAUGAGAUAGCCAUUAAUCUGAAUAAGGAUGUUAGAAUUGUAUGAAGUGGGUUGUACAGAUACUAGUAGCUAGGGCUAUUAUCUACUUUUGGUUAAGUCUUGAGAGUUUUAAAAAUGUUCCUAUAUUGUGUUAGUUCGAUUAAAGAUUCUACUUUGCUGUUUUCUGAAGCAUUAUAGUUUGGAGCUAUCUUUUAUAAUGUGUUUCACAUGUGUAACUGUAGUUGGUUUUAGUAGAUAUAGUUUGGAGCUAUCUUUUAUAAUGUGUU